AUGUAUCUAGGCUGGAAGACAGUGAGUGUCUGUGCAAAGUUCACUGGAUCUUUGGAUCUUGCAAACAGUGGGAUCCCUUUUUACCCAACUCCGCCCACCCAUGGUUUUUCCCUUCUUCUUGGCAUGCUCAACGGUGACAAUGGUGAAUGCAACACGCGAUGCCUCAUACAGCCGAAGUCCAGCCUGUCACCGGCCUUUUGCUCUGCUGCCAGCCACCCGUCAGAACUGCGUGCGCAUGUCAAAGUAUUUUUUGCUAUUCCUUUCUUUCUUUUUCUUUUAUUUGUUUCACUUUUUUUAUUUCUAUUUCUUUCUUUCUUUCUUUUUCUUUUAUUUGUUUCACUUUUUUUCUUUUUCUUUUAUUUCUAUUUCUUUCUUUCUUUCUUUUUCUUUUAUUUGUUUCACUUUUCUUAUUUUUAUUUCUUUCUUUCUUUCUUUUUCUUUUAUUUGUUUCACUUUUCUUAUUUCUAUUUCUUUCUUUCUUUCUUUCUUUUGUAUUAUGUUCUUUAUUUUAUUUUCAUCUUCCUCUCUAUUUUCCUUCUUUUUUUUUAUCUCCCCUUGAUUUUCAAAUGUUCUUUUCGUUCCACAUGCAAUACAUGCACCCCAUCACUUUUUCUCUUCGUCUUUCUCUUCCCUUUGCGAACUUGA